CAUCGUUACGGUGUCAUCGUUGAGGGAGUGCUGCACUGUUGAAGUGCCGAUAGUAAGGGAUUGUGACACUGUCAGUGUCAUUACCAAAGGUGGCUACAGUAUGAAAGGUACCACGCUGAGUAUUGUUAUCCCGAUAGUUCUUUCGUCUCAGUCCGUGUGUAUUCCUGGGCGAAUGUGCUCGUGUGGUCUCAGGAGUUGCGGAGGUCACGGCUCUGGGACAGCCGUUUCAUCGCCCUAUGCUGCAGAACCUGCCCCGGAAGAGAGAGCCCAGAGAAUUGCCAAAGCUGUCCGCAAACAGUCAAUAGAAGUGAAGGAAAAUUGGGAACAACUGAAAAUCCGUGCGAGCAACUGGCAGAAACAGGUGGAAAAGGCGUUGGAGAAACUUCAAGAACUGCAGAAAGUUCUGGAUGAUCUUGAGGCUCAUGUGAUAACAGCUGAGGGGGUCCACACUGAUUGGCAACCUGUGAGUGACCUGCUUAUUGACUCAUUGCAGGAUCACAUUGAUAAAACCACAGCUUUCCGAUUAAAUGCAAGUGAUUAAGGAUGCUAAUGAUGCCACAUGUUAUUACAAGAAGAAAUGAACAUCCAAGUAAGGAUUUUAUGCCACAUUUAUACAUAGCAUGGACCACGCAGCAUGGAUGCCGUGACCGAGUGAAAUGGGAUGCCGUGACCGAGUGAAAUGGGAUGCCGUGACCGAGUGAAAUGGGUUGCUGUGACCGAGGGAACUGGGAUGCCGUGACCGAGGGAACUGGGAUGCCGUGACCGAGGGAACUGGGAUACAGUGCCUCAGUGAGAUGCUCACAGCGAAUUGUCCCCUCCGUCCUGACCCGCUCGCAGCGACCUGCCCCUGCAGUCCUGACCCGCUCACACUGACGAGCCCCUGCAGUCCUGACCCGCUCACACUGACUAGCCCCUGCAGUCCUGACCCGCUCACAGCGACUUCUGUCUGCAGUCCUGACCCGCUCACAGCGACACGCCCCUUCAGCCCUGUCCCAAUCACAGGGACUUGCCCUCUCUGUCCUUACCCACUCACAGCAACUUGCCCCCUCAGUCCUCACCCACUCACAGCGACUUGCCACCUCAGUCUUGACCCGCUCACAGCGACCUCCCCCCUCUGUCCUGACCCCCUCAGAGCGACCUACCCCUCCGUGCUGACCCGCUCACAGUGAGUUGCCCCUGCAGUCCUGACCCCCCUCACAGUGACCUGCCCCCUCACUCCUGACCUGCUCUGCGUUGAGGAAACCAAGCGGAGGCUUGGGGACCACUUUGCAGAACACCUCCGCUCGGUUCGCAACAAACAACUGCACCUCCCAGUCGCGAACCAUUUUAACUCCCCCUCCCAUUCCUUAGACGACAUGUCCAUCAUGGGCCUCCUGCAGUGCCACAAUAAUGCCACCCGAAGGUUGCAAGGACAGCAACUCCUCAUCCGCUUGGGAACCCUGCAACCCAAUGGUUUCAAUGUGGACUUCACAAGCUUCAAAAUCACCCCCUCCCCAACUGCAUCCCAAAACCAGCCCAGUUCUUCCCCUCCCGCAACUGCAUCACAAAACCAGCCCAGCCUGUCACCCAUCCCUUCCUCCCACCUCAAGCCACACCUCCAUUUCCUACCUACCACCUCAUCCUGCCUCCUUGACUUGUCCGUCUUCCCUGGACUGACCUAUCCCCUCCCUACCUCUUCACCUGUACUCUCCUCUCUACCUAUCUUGUUUUCUCUCCAUCUUCGGUCUGCAUCCCCACCUCUCCCUAUUUAUUCCACUUCCCUCUCCCAUCCCCCUCUCUGAUGAAGGGUCUAGGCCUGAAAUGUCAGCUUUUGUGCUCCUGAGAUGCUGCUUGACCUGCUGUGUUCAUCCAGCUCCACACUUUGUUAUUUUGGAUUCUCCAGCAUCUGCCAUUAUCAGUGGCCUUUCCUCUUUGUCAAAGUUUGUGCAAAAGCAACACGAUGUGGGGCGGCACGGUGGCUCAGUGGUAAGCACUGCAGCUUCACAGCACUGGGGACUCAGGUUCAAUUCCAGCCUCAGGCAACUGUUUGUGUGGAAUUUGCACCUUGUCCCUGUGUCUGCGUGCGUUUCCUCCAGGUGCUGCAGUCUCCUCCCACAGUCCAAAGAGGUGCACGCUAGGUGGAUUGGCCAUGCUAAAUUGCCCAUAGUGUUCAGGGGCGUGGGUCUGGGUGGGAUGCUCCAAGGUUUGGUGUGCACUUGUUGGGCCAAAGGGCCUGUUUCCACACUGUAGGGAAUCUAAACAAUCCUGUUCCCACAUCUCCAUGUUAUAACCCUGCUGAUCACUGCACACACAGAUGUUUGAUAACAAAAGGAUAACAAUAAUAUUCAAACCCAGUGCUGGAGAUGUAUUUUAAAUACACUGAGGCCAGUGUCGAUCUCCAAUUCAACUUUUAUUUACAAAUGAACUGUCUUCAACUUUAGCACUGCCUCAUUCAGAGAUAGUUGCCAGGGUGUCAGCAUCUCUGACCCUCACACGACUUAUCUGUCAGCCAGGGCUCCCUGAUUUGGGCUGUUAAUAUGGACCAGUCAGGCAACUCAUAUUCUGUGAUGUUCAACUGGCUGACCUGGUCACAAACAAGUGCGGUGUGUUCAUCGAAAAUCAAACGUACUAGAAAGGUACCAUUACAUACCAGUGCAAAGGAAGGCAUGAGGCUAAACUGGGGAGGGAAGGGAACUGCUUAUUGGGGGUGGCCCAGAGAGUGGAAGAAAAUCGAAUGGGAAGAAGACCAUUUGAGACUGAGGGAGAGAGAUGUAAUUGCCUGAAUGAGGCAUUCCAAUUGCGAAAUGGAUUUUUGUUGUACACCAUGUUCAGUUUCCCCGAUCUUAAUCUGUACUCCUCUUUAAAUCAUUAGUAUCUGAAAUUUCUGUAUCAUUUCCAAAUGUUCUGUCUCUAAUGUUGUGCUGUUGGAAUUGGUUCAACUGCAGAGAUAUUAUUUAUUUGCACAAAUGUGUUCAGUGAAAUGAGUUGCAUGCUAUAUAUGUAUUAUUCUUCCUGAUUCUAUUGUACACAUACAAAUUA